GCACUUGAAUAUCAUUAUGAUCAGUUGCGGUAUCGGUACUUGGUAUGAAAACUAAGUAAUCAAAUCAGCUAUAAAACAGCCGAACAUUUCAUUGGGGGGCUAUUGUUAUCUUUUGUGGGGAAUUUCCAGGGAAUUUCUUCCUUUAUUGGAGCCACGGCCACGAACCGUCUCUCAUUUCUUGGCGUGCAUUGUUUGAAUAUACAUGUACUCUUCUUGUUCGCGGUAUAUUAUUUGCAACAUAAUAUAGCCGGGCCCAGGAUUCUCUGCAGUGAUUAUGGCGGUGAAAAAAUAUGUGAUAGGUAUUCUGUUGUUUUCCCUGACAUCUUUGUGCCUCGUGUCGUGUCAGCUGUCUUGCAAAGAUCCUAAUGGAAACAAUGUAGAUUGGUUCAUAGUCCAGAAGCUGCCACAGAACCACGAAAGCAGCAAUCCCUUGAUUCAUGAUGGCGUCGCCCAUCUGUACAUGGACGUCCACAGUUCAUCUUUCUCUCUUUCCGACGUCUCUCUGAACGACAGUAACCAAGCAGUGGGAUAUACCUUGCAACAGAUCUAUAAAAACUACGAAAGCCAGAAUGUUUUAUACAUGAUGUAUAACGAUGCAUUUCCGAACGGAACGGAGAAACUCCCCGAAGGACAUACAAAAGGGACAAUCGCAUUUGACAACGAGUCUGGGUUUUGGCUUGUUCAUAGCGUCCCCAAGUUCCCCGAUUUCGCAAAGAAUAGUUACGUCUGGCCUGAUAACGCAUGUGAUUACGGUCAAUCCAUGCUGUGUAUCUCAAUGAAGACGGACGAGUUCGUUAAAGUCGGUAAGUAUCCCUGCCAUUCAAAACAAACGUUACUGGUAUUUUAGUUUAGGGCGGAGGCAUCGUC